GAUAACACAAAGCUGAUCGAGUUUCUUGCAUCGCUAUUGAACAGAAAUUGCCUAUAUUUAAUUCCGUAAAAAUAUGAAUUUAUGCAAAAUAAACGGUAUAACAAGACUUCCAGUCCUGCGGUCAUGCAUGCAAUUCUCCAGCGCGGCUAAUUCGGAACUGCAGUCAUUCGAGGAAAGCGAGAGGCAAGAGAACUCAUCAUACUCGCAGCCUGUGGACAAAUCCGGCUUGCAGCCACAACACAAAAAUGUGCUCCUUGGCAAGACACCCUACGAGGAGGCGCAUUCCUGGAUACAUUUGACCGAAAAGUAUCAAAGACAGGCUUUCGGGAGGUACGGAGCCAAGAGUAACGUUAACCCAAAGAUCUGCUUUGAUUCCCGUGGACAGACUGCCCCAACCCAAGUUAUGCAACUGGAAACCCUGCUAAAAAUGCUCGAAAGCCGUACGCAAAAGGCCGAAGAUCUGGAGAAGAUCAGCGCCCGCGAAGAGGACAUAGCUAAGAAAAUGGAGAAGUUGAAGCAGUGGAAGGUGGACUUGCAUGCGAAAAUCGCCAAGCGAGAGGCGGAUGCUGCUGCGGCAAUAAAACGCAAAGAACGUCUGGUGGAAGAGGUACGCAGGCACUUUGGAUUCAAAGUUGACACCCGUGACGAACGGUUUAAGGAGAUGCUGGAACAGAAGGAGAAGGAAGACAAGCGGAAACAGAAGGAAGCCAAACGUAAAGCGAAAGAGGAAAAGAUGAUGGCAAAACUGGUGGAGAAGACAUCAUCAUCAUAAUGUUAAAAUAUUUCUUAAGCAUGGGAGCUCUUAUUUGUUGUUCUUUAAAAAGGAAAAAAAACCCAAACUGAAAUAAAAGUAGUAAAACAG